GGCAGCGCGCAGGAGGCGAGCGGGGGCGCGCGGCUGCGGGGGCCGCGUGGAGAAGCGUACCGGUAACCGGCAGCGACGGGAUGGCGGCGGAGGAGGGGUGAUGGUAACGGGGGCGGCCGCGCGGCCCGAUCUGGCGGGCGUAGUAGUGGGGGGGGCGCGGAGCCAGCGCCCGCAGCCCGGGGCAGGGGCGGCAGCGCGGCGGCGGGCGGGCAGGCCCGGGCAGGCCGGCGGUAGGGAGCGGAGGGGGCGGCCCCGCCGCCGGCGCUGUAACGGGAGCCCGGAGCCCCGGCGCCGCGCCUGCCCCUCGCAGCUAUUUACAUGGCGUUACCAUUUCAAAGCGACGGCGCCGAGCAGGAAACCCCGGCGGGGACAGCGCGGGGCCGGGCCCCCUCCGCGGCGGGCAGGGCUGGCGGCGUUCGCCCCCGACCCCCCCGGAGCCGGGCCCUCCCCGGGCGCCGCUCGGUGCCGCUGCCCCGCCCGCAGGUAGCGCCCGGCCCGGCGCCCGCCUCCCGAAAUUAAAGUCAGAUGUGAGUGGGGAGCGGGAGCCGGGAUCCCCCCUCCCCUCGCUGGUACAUCUGGUCAGCAGGAGGGAGAAAAUGAAAGCAGGCUGCAGCAUUGUGGAUAAGCCAGAAGGAGGAGGAGGUUAUCAUUUUCCCGAGUGGGCAUACAAGACUGAGUCCAGCCCUGGCUCACGGCAGAUCCAGCUCUGGCACUUCAUCCUGGAGCUGCUGCAGAAGGAGGAGUUCCGCCAUGUCAUUGCCUGGCAGCAGGGCGAGUACGGGGAGUUUGUCAUCAAGGACCCCGACGAGGUGGCACGGCUGUGGGGCCGGAGGAAGUGCAAGCCCCAAAUGAACUACGACAAGCUGAGCCGAGCUCUCAGAUAUUAUUACAACAAGAGGAUUCUUCACAAGACAAAGGGCAAAAGGUUUACUUACAAGUUCAACUUCAACAAGCUGGUGAUGCCCAACUAUCCAUUCAUCAACAUUCGGCCUAAUGGUGUCGUGCCGCAGAGCGCUCCUCCCGUCCCCACGGCUUCGUCCCGUUUCCACUUCCCACCUCUGGACAGCCACUCUCCCACUGAUGAUGCGCAGCCCGGCCGUUUCUCCGGCCCUUCCCUGGUCCCAUCCAACCCAGAGGCUCUGGGUGAUGGCGGUGAGAGGAAGCCUGACCUGCCAGAGCUGGAGGAUGGCUCCGCCGAUUGGCGUCGCGGUGUGGAUCUCAUGGGCUCACGCAACACCGCGGGUGCCGGGGGUGUCAACCACCAGAAGCGCAAGCCAGACAUCAUGCUGCCUCUCUUCACCAGGCCCAGCAUCUACCCGGAUCCUCACAGCCCCUUUGCCGUGUCCCCUCUGCCAGGACGCGGCGGGGUCCUCAACGUCCCCAUCUCGCCUGCACUGUCCCUGACUCCCACCCUGUUCUCCUACAGCCCGUCUCCAGGUCUCAGCCCCUUCACAGGCAGCAGCUGCUUCUCUUUCAACCCUGAGGAAAUGAAACACUACCUGCAUUCGCAAGCUUGCUCCGUCUUCAACUACCAUCUGAGCCCGCGGACUUUCCCCCGCUAUCCGGGGCUCAUGGUGCCACCACUACAGUGCCAAAUGCCCAUGGAGGAGCAGCCCCAGUUCCCCAUCAAGCUGCAGCCUCCACCUGUUGGGCGCAAAAACAGGGAGAGACUGGAAAGCACCGAAGAGUCAGCGACCCCCCAGCUCGCCUCUCCUCCUCCCCCCAGGGUGAAGCUCGAGCCCCCUGUGGACAAGGAGGCCGAGCGUGAAGAGCUGCCCGCGAAGGGAAAAGACAAAAGCGAGAAGGAGGAGAACUCCAGCAUGGCAGCACCCAGCACCAGCCUGGAAGAGGAGAAGGGUCCGGUGUUUGCCAGACCUGCCGCCCCAUCGUGGCACCCGGCACCGCUGGUGCCCACCCAGGCCCUGGGCCCGGCCGAAGAGUCCCAAGAUCAAGGGGAGAGCAGUGGUGAGAAGCCCCCCAGAGAGCCGUCCGGAGAGCCUGGAGCGCAGGAGAAGCGCGAGGACGCCCUGAUGCCCCCCAAGCUGCGUCUCAAGCGCCGUUGGAACGGGGACCGGCAGGCAGAUGCCCCCGAGGAGCACCCAAAUGGCCGCGUCCCAUGGAAUGGGGUGCUGGGCAGCCCGCACCUCGUGGCCGGGCCCAAGGCUGUGGCGGCUGCCGCUGCCUCUGACGCCUAGGCUGCGUGCUGAAACCAUCCGUGUAUUUAUGUAGCAAGGUUGCAGAGCGUGGGGGGGGUGGGCGGGGGGGGCUGGGGCUAGACUGGUUUGGUAAUUCUAGAGACUAGGGGUGGGGGGGGUUGUGUUCUUUGUUUUCAUUGUUGACUUGCAGGUGAGACGCGGUUGUCUUGUUCCGAUUAGGAGAGGCGAGGGUGCUGAGCUUCACACCCAGCACGAACUCCAGAGGGGUUGAGGCCUCCACCGAGCCAGAGGAACUCAAAGUGCAGUCUGUUCCCUGUGCGCUCUAUCUAGUAUUUAUAGAAGUGGGAAUCUCUGAGUUCAUCUAGUUCCCUAUUUGAUGGAGUCUGGUGCGAUGGCGGGGAGGAUUUCCUGACGAUGGGAGACGUGUGCUGUGUGCCAGCAUCGGAAGCUGUCUGCAUUUUGGGUGGGGUGGGGGGGGGGUUGGGGGGGGGGGGGCAGGGAGAGAGAAUAUUGCACUGUCCUCUGGUUGGAGAGGGCUGAGGAGUGACAGCUCUGUUUGCCGGGACAUGGCAGCGCUUCAGGACGCAGCCGCCGUCCUUUGGGCCUUUCAGAAAUACAGCAGAAGCCAUGAGCAAAUUAUAGAAUCUUUCAGGGAAGGGAGUGGGGUGGGAAAAACAAAAAAAAAAAAAAUAACCUAAUGCCUUUAAUAUACGCAUUAAAAUGUACCCUAGGAUUUUUUUUUUUUUAUUUUAUUUCUUUUCGUAAUGGUAUGGGUGGAGCUGGGAGUGAUUGGAAGAUUAACACUGAAAUGAUUGUGGUGAGUUCAUGGAGAAGGAAUGACAGGAGCUUUGUUCAAUCUUAUUUCCUUUGUUUGGUUCCCCUAUCACUUUGACUCAUGCCUUAACUACGUAUACACUUUAUGAGAGCAGGGUCUGUUGGCAGAAGGAGCCUAUGCGGAGCCAGAGGCAGUGGCCAAGGUCGGGCUUCUCGGUGGAGGUGGAUGCAGCCCCACAGUGGUUGCAGGAGCUCGGGUGGCGUGGAGCCACCCCAACCCGCGGUGUAAAUCUCACUGUAUUUGCUAUAAAUCUGCUAUUUCCCUACGUAGCUGCGGUUCUCGUUAGGCUGAUGAAUUUAGGCUCCGGAUUACGCCGAGGAACGCUCUCUCCCCUCCCCCCCCCCCCCCCCCACCUCUUCCUGCUGCAUCAGGAUGGAUUCCGAAUGAUUCCUUGGAAGGAAAUCGGAAAACGAUGGACCCCGCGUGGGGGCAGAGCUGUGCCCACAGCCUGGCUGCUUGUUGGUGGUCCCAGCAGGCCGUGGGGGUUUGGUGAUGCUCAGAGGGGUCGGGUGUGUGAGCACCGCUUCGCCGCAUGCCCCGAUACGCAGUGAAUGUGGCUGCAGACCGGAGAGCAUCCCUGCACCGGGGUUUGGCACCGGGAUUUUGGCACUGGGGGCAGGAGGGGAACAGGCAGGAGCCCUCCCCAGCCCUGCAGCCAACGUCAGCGUGAACUCAGGAAUAAGCAACACGAGGCCUUUCCCAUCCGUAACGCAUAUCGUCGCCCCUCAUACCCAAGUGCCGGAGCCUACGGGGGGGCUGCUCCCAUUUGGGGAGGGAGCGUUGCCCUUUUGUGCUUCUUUAAGGCAAAAAAAAAAAAAAAAAAAGAAUAAUAAUAAUAAUACCCACAAAGAUGGACUGUCGUUUGGCUUUAAAAGUUCGUCAUCGGUUCCAGGCCUGGGCCGGGGGUUCUUCAUAGCCAUUGCACUGCAAACAGGGAGCUCCGCCAUCAGGGAUAAGGACUCAGCUUCUCAGGACAACGGACCAUGGAGCGGGGCGGUGCCACCCGCGGUGCGAGGCCGGUGCCCAGGGCAGCCCCCCCUCCUCCCCCAAGGUGGGGGGGGGGGCAAGGAUGCUUAUAAUUAACAUUUUACCUUUCAAAAGAAGAAGAAGAAAAAAAAAAAAUUUAAAAAAAAAAAAGGAGAGAAAAAAAAAAAAAAGAAUUAUAUAUAUAUUCCAAUGUGCCAAAAUCUUUAAACUUGUAAAGUUUAAAUGGUUGAAAAUUCUCAACGUCCGCCUGUACUAAUUAAUCCAGAGCAUGUUAAUGUUGAAACCAUUUGUUGGUUGGGGUUUUUUUUUUUUUUUUGUUGUUGUUGUUUUUGUUUUGUUUUGGCUUUGUUUAGUCUUAGGGAACCUGUAGGAAAAGAGACUUUAAUUGGACAACCGACGGCCGGGACCUGGGAAGAGCCCACGGAAGGAGGGCAGGAGGAUCCAACCCCAUCCCCACCACCAGGAUAUGGGGCAGCGACAGCAGAGCAUCAGAGCCCCCCCGCACCCCCACCCCCAGCAGCAUUAACACAACAACGGCCCGGUUGUCCCUUGGUUUUUUUUUUGUUUUUUUUUUUAAUUUUUAUUAUUAUUUUUAUUUAUUCCAUAAUUACGUUGUUUUGUUUUUUAAAUAACAGGCUUUUUGUUGUUUUUAUUUCUAUGUCUUUACGGAUCCUGGUGGGUUUGAAAAGCAGCGGAUUUCUUCUCUUGGUUUUGAACUAAUCAGAUGGUUGCUAUUAUAUAUAUAUAUUUUUUUUUUUUUUCUAAAAGAAGUUCAAUUUUAGAGUGUUUUUAAGUAUUUACCCAUAGAAAGCUUCUUUUUAUUGGUAAGAAUCACUUCUCCUGAGGCAUGUUCUUUACUAGACUCGAUUCAGCAGGGAUUAGGAAGGAUGCAUACACAUACGUGGGGACGUGGUGAGCUCGAGCGGUUCGCGCAGGGCGAGCAGGACGGUGUGUGUGUAAUAUGUACAUAACAAUGUAAAGUAGUCUUUAAAUACUCCAUUGUGCAGUGCCUUUAGACGUUCCACUUUCUAUAAAGUCUUCAAAAAACAAACAAACAAACAAACAAAAAAAGUCGGCAUAUAUAUAUUAUAUAUAUAUGAUGUAAUGUUAUAGAAAUAUAUGUAUAAUAUACAUAUUUUUUUUUUCCAGGGGUAUCUGAUAGCUCUGUAUUUUGUUAUGGAAGUUGAAAGAAAAAAAAAGAAAAAAAAGAAAAAAGAAAAAAAAAAGAAAAAGAAAAAAAAAAAGUAUUUUACCUCAAAUUAAAAGUUAAAUAAACCUUUUAAAUAAGCGGC